UGUCCGCAACAUUGUUCCCAUAAACAAGAAAGAAAGUAAUUCUCUGGUGAUGGAGGGGUUCCAACCUUUCAUCUUUGCAUUUCCUAGUGUUUUGUCCCUUAUACUACUUCUGGUUCAUGCCCAGGAUCAAUCAGGCUUCAUAAGCAUAGAUUGUGGGUUGCCAGCAGAUUCAACAUACAAGGAACCGACAACAAGCCUAGAUUACAUCUCAGACGCUAACUUCAUAGACACUGGUAUUAGUAGGAGCGUAGUAUCUGAAUUGAAAGCUACCAUUCCACAGCCGCUAUGGAAUGUCAGAAGCUUUCCUCAAGGAGUCCGGAACUGUUACACCAUAAAAAUCACAAGAGGCACUAUAUAUUUGAUACGAGGAACCUUCUUGUAUGGGAAUUACGAUGGAGAAGGUAAUUUACCAGAAUUCGAUCUGUAUCUCGGGACCAACAUGUGGGAUACAGUCAAGGUGGAGAAUGCAUCCGAUAGUAUUAUCAAGGAGCUCAUACAUGUCCCAUCUCGAAACUAUAUACAUAUCUGUCUCGUAAACCGUACCGGCCGCGGGACACCAUUUAUAUCAGCUAUAGAGUUCAGGCCAUUAAACAACGGCUCGUACGAGACCAAAUAUGGAUCGUUGGCACUAUUUUUGCGCGCAGAUACUGGUUCAACUGGCAAUCAAUCAUACAGGUACCCAGACGAUGCCCGUGAUCGCAUCUGGACGCCCUAUAACCGUAAUGAAUGGAAAUACUUGAGCACAGAUCAACAUAUCAAUCGUAUUUCCCAGGCUGAUUACCAACCAGCAUCUGUUGUCAUGAGUACUGCAGCCACCCCAAUAAAUGAGAGUGCUCCCAUGGAAUUAUAUUGGCAAGCAGACAAUCCGAAUACCAAAUUCUUUUUCAAGAUGCACUUUACUGAAGUCGUAAAGCUAGAACCCAACCAGUCCAGAUCAUUCACCACUUUACUGAAUGGGGAAUACUGGGAUGGACCGUAUGUUCCUGGGUACCUGUCUAUACGUACUGUGUACUCUGAUCCAUUGCCUCCUGUAGGGUCGACGUAUAAUAUCUCGAUGUUCAAAGAGGAAAAUUCUACACUUCCACCCAUCCUAAACGCAUUUGAGAUCUAUUUUGUGAAAGAUUUCUUGCAACCAGAAACAGAGCGAGCGGAUGUUGAUGCCAUCAGAAAGAUCAAAUCAACCUAUGGAAUAAAGAGAAAUUGGCAAGGAGAUCCAUGUGCCCCGAAAAAGUACUUGUGGGAAGGUCUAGAUUGCAGCUAUGAUGCUGAUAAUGCCCCCAGAAUCACAUCCUUGAACUUAUCAUCCAGUGGAUUGACCGGAGAGAUAUCUGCUGAUACAUCAAAUCUCCUAAUGUUACAAUCUUUGGAUCUAUCAAACAAUAGCUUGACAGGAUCUGUGCCUAAUUUUCUGUCUAAAUUAACAAACUUGACGGUCUUAAACUUAAAACGAAACGAGUUCACUGGUUCAAUUCCACGUGAGCUGAUUGCAAGAAGCGACAAUGGUUUAUUAUUAUUAAGUGUGGGAGAAAAUCCUGAUCUAUGUGGGUCCCGUUCUUGCAAAAAGAAGAAAAACAACAUUGUUAUUCCAAUAGCAUCAGUCGGCGGUGGAUUGCUUGUCUUCGCAUUCACUGUCGUGGCUAUCUUUUGGGGGAUUAGAAUGAGAACAAAACGGGAUGCUGAAUCCAACAAGCAGAACGUGACAUUGGAGUCUUUACAACGUCAAUUUACGUACUCCGAAAUACUAAGAAUUACAAACAACUUUGAGAGAAUUCUUGGAAAGGGUGGAUUCGGAACAGUUUAUUAUGGCUACAUAGAUGACACCCAAGUUGCAGUGAAGAUGCUCUCUCAUUCAUCAGUUCAAGGUUAUCAGCAAUUUCAAUCAGAGGUUAGACUUCUUAUGAGAGUUCAUCAUCGAAACUUGACUACCCUUGUUGGGUACUGCUACGAAGGAACAAACAUGGGGCUCGUUUAUGAGUACAUGGCCAAGGGAGACUUGGAAGCACAUCUUUCAGGUUUGGGAAUAAUGAAAUUAUUUAGCAAAGACUUACAGACAUUUAAGCUUUUGUUAAUGGAUGCAGAUGGGAACGCAAAAACCUUGACUUGGGAAGAUAGACUUCGAAUAGCGACAAAUGCUGCACAAGGAUUGGAGUAUCUGCACUGUGGUUGUAAGCCACCUAUAGUCCACAGAGACGUGAAGACUACAAACAUAUUGUUGAACGAAAAUCUGCAGGCAAAACUGGCUGAUUUUGGGCUCUCAAAGAUUUUCCCCUCUGAUGGUGACACUCAUGUUUCUACAGUUGUUGCUGGCACCCCUGGCUACCUUGACCCCGAGUACUACAUAACAAACUGGUUGACCGAGAAAAGCGAUGUCUAUAGCUUUGGAGUGGUUCUGCUGAAGAUAAUCACGGGUCGACCCGCUAUAGAAAGAUCUGAGGCAAGGACUCACGUAAGUGAAUUCGUGAGUUCCAUGCUUGCCAAGGGGGACAUAAAAAAUAUUGUUGAUCCCAGGUUGCACGGAAACUUCAACAGUAACUCUGUUUGGAGAGCCGUUGAAAUUGCAAUGGGUUGUGUAUCUCCAACUGCUGCGAAAAGGCCAACCAUGAGCGAGGUAGUGGCGGACCUAAAGGAGUGUAUGGCAACUGAAUUAGCUCUGGCGAAUGAGGGCGAUUCAAACAAAUCUAUGGAAAUGGUCAACUUGGAUCUGACCACUGAACUCAAUCCGUUGGCAAGGUAAAUGUACCUACGUACAUGAGAUUGAAAAUGGUCAUGUACAUGGUGUAUCGAAUCUUGAAGAUGAUUUUUUGCUUUCCCGUAAUUUUCUAUCGAUGAAUAAUAUUGUUUUUCCAUUGAUGAACCAUCUGGGUUCUAAUAUUGGGACUAUUUUGUUUGGAAUAUGUACCCAAGUUAUUGGGAUUGUAUAUCUAUGAUCUUUUCCAGAAUAAAUAAAUGAAGGGAACAAUAAUAAAGAUUCCA